AUAUACGUUUAGAGAGUUAACAUUUUGUGAUAUUCCAAUGCGACAUAAUUAUUUUAAAAAUAACAUUUCUGGAAAAAUAUGUUGAUCUAAGAUAUAAAAUUGAUCUUUGAAAAAUUUAAAUUUUAAUAAAUUAUAUUAAAUUGGAAAAUUGUUAAAAAUAUGAAGUGGUUUUUUAUAUUAACCUUGAUAUUUUGUGUAAAAAUAUGCAUCACAGCAACAUUUCAAUAUAGAGGCACUAAAACUAACAAUAGAAAAAACUUGCAAAAUAGAAUAAAACGAAAUAAAUAUGAAUAUGACAUAAUAUCAUCAUCGUAUGAUGAGAACGAAGAACAACAGCAACAAUAUGAAGAACAGGAACGUCAUCAUAAUCAUCGUCUACAACAUGACGACGAUAUGGAUUAUUAUAAACAACCGGAAACGGAAGUUAAUAUAAAUUCCAUUCCAGCUAUAGAAAUUGACAUGCCGCAAUGUCCACAAGGUUGUGUUUGUCAAUACGCUCAUUUAAUGGAUUUGCCAAUAUCACGUUGGAUCAAUUACAUGCAACAGAAAUAUUUAUCACCCCAGCAAAACGAGGACAAUGCAAACAACGAAAACAAUAACAACGAUUCUGAUGCCGAUUUAAUGGAUAAUGAGUCGUCCUAUGAAGGAGACUAUAGUUAUUUAACAAAUCCUUUUAUAAAACAGGCUACGUGUAUAAUUCAGGAGGAUACUGACGCAGAACAAUUGAUCAAAACAUUACCCCAUGACAUGCAAGCCUUGAUUUUACUGUACACUGGAGUAGGAAAGAAUAAAACAGUGAAUAGCAGUAUCUUGAAGCCCUUAAAUCAACUUACUACUUUAGAAAUUCGAGGACCUCAAGAUCGUGGUUUACGCUUUUUGCUAGAUGCUCCCUUAAACUUUUUACAACAUGCCAACUUUGAGUCCAUUACUUUAAUCGGAUCCGAAAUCUUUAAGAAACCCAAAAACUUGGUGCAUCCUAAAGAAGUGUUUGACUACAAACCAAAUAUUGAAUUGCUCAAUAGUUUGGAAUUCAAUGUAGAGGAUAAAAAUAUCAAACCAUACGAUAAGAAACUAUUAUUCGAAUUGCAACAACAAGAGCAAGAUGAAUUGGAAAUUGUACCAUACGAAGUAUAUAAAGAAGAAGUGAAAAAAUCUCAAAUGCCCUCAUUUUAUGGUUGGAAACAGUUAGAGGUUUUGCGCAUACAGUCAUGUGGUUUAAAUGAGUUAUCUUGGGAAAUGUUUAUGGGUCUAGAAGAAUUGCAACAUCUCUCCUUGGAGCGCAAUGAUAUUGCUGUCGUGCCACCAUUUGCUUUAUCUGGCGCCACACAAUUAAAAACCUUAUCGUUGGCACACAAUAAUAUAAAUGAUUUACACUAUCGCAAUUUAGCCGGCCUGUUUGAGUUGCAAGUAUUGGAUUUAAGCGAUAACUAUUUAACUAAACUAACGGAAUUGAGUUUUCCGCCGUUGCCUAAAUUAGAACGUAUUGAUUUUCGUCACAAUCCCAUACGUUAUAUUUUCCCUGCCACAUUCUGGGUCAUGAAUCAAACACAGGAAAUGUAUUUUGGUUCUGGUGCAACUGCCCUAGAGUUGUGGGGUAAUCAGCCAUUUAAAAAGUUAACUAAACUUAGAAUAUUGGAAAUUAAUAAUGUAACUAUACAAAGUUUAGAUCAAAAUAUAUUCAAGGAUUUAACAUCGCUGGAAAAAUUAAAAUUGCGUGGGCAGCUGGGCUCAGUGGAGUUUGAUGCGUUUGCAGGAUUUUCCGAACUAAAAGAAUUAGAUUUGUCAAAUUGCCAUAUCAAGGAUAUUUCCAUGGAUGCUUUCAUGGGUUGUAAAAACUUGAAAGUAAUAAAUUUGUCCAAAAAUAAUAUCUCCUAUAUACCUACUGGACUUUUUGACGAUCAACAGAGCCUAGAGGAAAUAUAUUUGAAUGAUAAUCAGUUGAAGGCGCUACCUAUAACAUUCUUCCAACAAAAAAGGUUGUUACUGGCACGACUUAACAAUAAUCCUUGGAAAUGUUCUUGUGAAAUGAUGAAUUGGAAAGCUAAAAUAACUAACCAAGAAAAGGGUUCUAGCACUGAAAGGUGCAUUAAUGAUUACUUUUCUGGCAAAAAACUUUCGUGUCGCAAUAUUCAGAAUUUUAAAUUCAAUAAAAAAUUGGCACCAAGAUGCGAUAAUUUUAAGGGACGAAGUGUUUACUAUGUCAUGCGUAAACAAAUGCAAUGUAACAAGAAAUAUAUUGAUUUGCGAGCAACUGCAUCAACACGUCAAAAAAUACCACAUUGGCAAAAGAUUGAAGAGAGAAAGCAAAGAAAAUCCGCACAAAAUCCAUUGAAAACAAACUCUAAUAAUCAUCUACAAAAUCGAAUGAUGUGGCAAUUACAAAAGGAAGAGAAGAUUAAAAAUACCUUAAAGAAUAUGCACGAAAAUUCAUUGAGAUAUCAAGUUUUUAAAACCAUUAAAUUUGAUGAGAAAAAUGAAAUAAAUGCGACGAGCAACGAAGUUGAACUUUCGAAUGACACCUAAAUGUAAAACGAACAUAGUGUGCAGUGAUCCAAUAAGAAUAUAAAAUAUGGUAUUCAAGGGAAAUGAAGAUAUUGAGGAAGUCUAGAUUUUUAGUUUUAAUUUCGUUUUUUUUUUUUAAUGGUAAGAUGAAACAUUUUAAUAUUACGUGUACAAAAAUUUUAACUAUCUUUUUAAUAAGAUUUAAUAAAGUUUUUA